AUGGCGAUCUUGUUUCCUUCCGGCUCGAUCCUUAUGCGUGUUAUACCAGGCCGGUUCGCAAUCUGGGCGCACGGAAUCUCGCAGGCUGUUGCGCUGGUGGUGUAUAUCGCUGCUGUCGGACUGGGUCUUCAUCUUGUGAGGGAGGUCAGUAGGGCGAGGGGGAACAAUGGUGACAUGUUCUCCGAUCCGAACAGAAGCUACCACCCCAUCAUUGGCAUCGUCGUGUUGGUCUGCCUGCUCUUGCAGCCAAUCUUCGGGUUCAUCCACCACGCCAAGUUCAAGAGACUCCAAACGAGGCAGAUGUGGUCGUACCUCCACUUGUUCAACGGUCGUGUCUUCAUCACGCUCGGUAUGGCGAACGGUGGGCUCGGGCUGUGGAUGGCGGGCGCGAGCAAGGAGCUCAAGACGGCGUAUGUCGCUGUGGCGGCCGUGAUGUGGGUUCUCUGGAUGUUGGCGGCUGCGUAUGGAGAGUGGAAGAGGUGGAAGGCGAACCGUCUGGGAUAUCCGCCGAGGAAUAAGAAAUUCCAUGACGGCGAAGUUCCGUUCUAA